GACAUCUUAAAACGCGACUCUCGCGAGUGGGGAGCGCGCUUGAGCACCUCGCGCUCAUAAAUCCGCGAAUGACGCGGUGCUUCUGUACGUGGCUGUGAAAUUAUGUUUGCGGUCGGCUCUCUGACUGAGGUCAGGGGGCAAAGCGAAGAGCAGGGCACAUAAAUCGACAGCUGUAUGCUAAUCAUGUGAAUAUUGAGCAGUAGAUGGCUGAUGCGCAGGCUCGCCGCUGGCAUUCGCGUGUCGCUCGCGCUUGAGUGAGGAGUGCGCACGAGGGCAAUGAAGCGCGUGCCUUUGACUUUGACGUGAGAUGGCUUCACUGUAGGGAAACAAGACUGAGCUCUUUGGGGAAACUGCUUGUUGUUCAAUUAUUACUGAUGCUUCUGGAUAAACAUUUUUUAAAGAUGAAGAUAUUCGGGAGGUUGAAGUAUACCCUGGACUUUGCUUAUGAUGACUCCAAGGCAGAAUUCAACAUGGAUGCUCCCAAUGGUGUCGUAAUGGAGGGAUACCUGUUCAAGAGGGCGAGCAAUGCUUUCAAGACGUGGAACAGGCGAUGGUUUUCGAUACAGAACAGUCAACUAGUCUAUCAGAAGAGACUAAAAGACGUUUUGACCGUGGUUGUGGAGGACCUGCGGCUUUGCUCUGUGAAACCAUGUGAGGACAUUGAGAGAAGGUUCUGUUUUGAAGUGGUGUCACCUACAAAGAGCUGUAUGCUGCAGGCUGAAUCGGAGAAGCUCCGUCAAGCUUGGAUUCAGGCGGUUCAGGCCAGCAUUGCUUCUGCCUACAGAGAGAUUUCUGAAAACUAUUACAUAGAGCGUCUGGACAGGACAGCUUCUCCCUCCACGAGCAGCAUCGACUCCGCCAGCGAGCCGCGGGAGCGUAUCGUUCGAGGAGAGAGCAUCUUACAGCGCGUGCAGUGUCUGCCGGGAAACGAGAUCUGCUGCGACUGUGGCCAGGCCGACCCGCGCUGGGCCAGCAUAAACCUCGGCAUCCUGCUCUGCAUCGAGUGCUCUGGCAUACACAGGAGUUUAGGUGUCCACUGCUCUAAAGUUCGCUCUUUAACACUGGACACGUGGGAGCCAGAGCUUAUGAAGCUAAUGUGUGAGCUUGGCAACACUGUAAUCAACCAUAUUUAUGAAGGUGCGUGUGAGGAACAAGGACUAAAGAAACCCGGUCCCAACAGCUCAAGGCAGGAGAAAGAAGCGUGGAUCAAAGCGAAAUACGUGGAGAGGAAGUUCCUGAAGAAGAUGUGUGGCUCUGAAGCCCUGGUGGAGGGAAGCAGGAAAUCACGUCACUGGAGCGUGAAGAAGUGCAGGAGACACAACAGCUCCAUCAGAGCCCCUAAAACACGCCGGAAAUACAGGCACGACGCCGGGAUCAUGUCGCCAGGCAAUCUCUCCGCUGCUGCUGCGGCCGCCAAGUUUCGGAGAGAAUCUUUGUUUUGUCCCGAUGAGCUCGAUUCACUCUUCUCUUACUUUGACACAGGCUCAGGGCCUCGCAGCCCCGCAGGUCUCAGCAGUGACAGCGGGCUUGGCGGCAGCACGGACGGCAGCACGGACAUACUCGUGUUCGGCUCAGUGGUGGACAGUGUCACUGAAGAAGAGUGUGAGGACUCUGAUGAAUCCAGCGGAGAGGUCGAUAUCGAGCAGGAAGCGUCUGAUCCAGAAGACGGGCGGGAGCUUGACGCGAACGCUCUGCUUCACAAGGCGUCGCGGGCCAGGAACCUCCCGGUCAUGGCGGAAGCACUCGCACACGGUGCAGAUGUCAACUCGGUCAACGAGGAGGACGAAAGCAAGAGUGCAUUAAUACAAGCCGUCACAGGGGGCUCUCUGAUAGCCUGUGAGUUCCUGCUGCAGAAUGGAGCAGACGUCAAUCAGAGGGACGGGCGAGGACGGGCACCUCUCCACCACGCCACGUGCCUGGGUUACACGGGACAGGUGUGUUUGUUCCUGAAGCGAGGAGCCUCUCAGAUGGAGGUGGACGGAGACGGGCAGGACCCUCUCAGUAUCGCCGUUCAGGCAGCCAAUGCAGACAUCGUCACAUUAUUGCGGUUAGCUCGGAUGAAUGAAGAGAUGCGGGAAGCGGACGGGCCCUUCGGACAGCCAGGUAUUAUUCCUCUUCUAGAAGCCAGUAUACCUGUGAGUCCACUGAGGGUAACGCGCAAGAGUUUUCGAACGUCUCCUCGUGCGCUGACAUCCUUCGGGAGUUUCCGCACAUGGCUUAACACUCCUCCAAAACACUAACCAGCGGUCACUGAGGCCGAUGAUGAAGAUUUUACUCAUCUUAAAGAAUAAUAAUAUAUGAAAAUGUUGAAAUAAGAGCUUAGGUAACAUGAUUUGAUUUGUUUUUAGAUUUGGUCUUCUAAGGCUCUGUGUAUUUUAAGUUUUUAUGGUUUUAUUUUGUGUUAUUUUUAAAGUGCACAUCCCUGCUGUGGUCUGAGCAGCUUUGAUUCCCAUAUUAAUUAAAGGGAGAUUUAUCCUUA